AUGGCUAACGUAAAUCUUACAAAAUGGGAGGGACGUGGGUUAAGACUUCGUGAGUACCAGAAAGAAGGAGUAAAUGUAAUGGAUUCUUGGUAUAAGGCUGGACAUGGCGGUAUAAAUGGUGAUGAAAUGGGCCUAGGCAAGACUUGUCAGGCAAUUAUGCUAAUGUUGCGGAUGAAAUUUCGUGGGAAAGGAUCUUUCUUAGUCUUAUGUCCGCUAUCGGUAGUUGACCAUUGGGUCGCUGAAAUUGAGAGGUUUUCGUGCGGCUUGUUGAAUCCUGUCCCCUUUCUCGGUUCCGAAAAGGCCUGCCAUAGCUCUUUGAAACACCUGGCAAGGCUCCUAAAAAAUACGGUCUUCGUCGUACCUUACCACAUCUUCCGUCGCGACAGUCAGCUGCUCAGUAACUUUCAAGUGAAAUCAAAGCUUUCAUUCAAUGUUAUUAUAGUGGAUGAGGCGCAUAACUUGAAGAACACUAGUACGCAGCUAGCUGAGAAGCUUAAACCGUACAAGGGUAAAGCAUGGUUCCUCUUGAUGACUGGAACACCUAUUCAAAACCAUACAGGAGAGCUGUACUCUUUGCUGACUUUUGUCGAUCCGGUAAGAUCACUUUCAUCGCAGCUUGAGACGAAAAUCUCAGGAAUCUGCCGUCACUGA